AAAAGAAUAAAGAUAUUUUUGUGUUUCAUAUUGCAAAAAUAUUGAACGGUUAUGUGUAAUUUAUCAAGUUUUCACGAUUCAUGUGACAAAAAAAAAGGCUCAUAUACAACAAAAAUGAAUUAAAAAGAUGCAUUUUUGCCGAAUUUAAUUAGUUGGCGAAAGUUAUAUUGCUUUUUACCAUAAUUACUUAACUAACUCUACAAGAAGAUCUGAGCUCAACCAUGAGUGAAGGCACGAUCGUCUGUGUCGCCGUCGUCGGCCACCAGAAUAAUCCGUUAUACAUACAGAGUUUUACCAAAGCAGAUGAUUCGCUCAAGCUUCAUCACAUCGUGCAUUGCUCUCUCGACGUCGUUGAUGAAAGAGUGAACAACCCGAAAAAGUCUGGCCCUAUAAUAAACGAGACAUUUCUAGGUUUGCUAAAUCCAACCGAAAACUACAAAGUGUAUGGCUACUUGACCAACACCAAGGUGAAGUUCAUAUUGGUAACAACGGAUCUUGAUGUCCGAGAUGUAGAUGUUAGAGUUUUCUUCGGGAGGUUCCACACUGCCUAUGUCGAUGCAGUUUCAAAUCCGUUUCACAUCCCGGGGAAAAAAAUCACUUCCAGAAAGUUUGCUGAAAGAGUAAGCACAAUUGUGCAGUCCUUUGGGUUAAGUUCAGGUAGCUGAAUGCUUUGAGUUUCUGUUGACAAAUUCACCUUCCAACAACUUAAUAUACAUCUCGAUUUUUGAGAUAUCAUAAGCUUUGGUUUGCAUCAUAUUUUCGAUCCUUUCUAAGUUUAGAAGUUCAUGCGUUAUUGAAGGUGACAUGACAUCAUAAUCGGAAGCUGUGAGUUCAAAC